CCAAAACCCUAAAUUAUUUUCAGGACAGCCCAAUCCAAAUCGAAUUCGGGUCAGGAAACCCAAAUUUUAAAUCGGGUUAGUCUUCUCCGCCUUCGCUAAAACCCUAGUUUCUUCUCUUUCUUUUGGGUUGGGCAUAUGAAUUGAAUUUCUGCAACUCCCAAAGCACAGUUGAUUGCUUUUGCUUUGCAUUUUCAAAAUCGUAAGCUGUAUUUGCUCUGAGAAGUGUAGGGAAUUAUGAUGAACGGUAGGCACCAAAACAAAUUCGCAUGGAAGCCCAACCUCGGCGUCAAAAUCAACGAAACGGAGGUCGGAGGCCGGUUCAGGCCGCUGUCGGAUAUUACGGGGGUCUGCCCUCGCUGUAAGGAGCAGAUCGAAUGGAAACGCCGUUACGGCAAGUACAAGACCCUAACGGAGCCAACCAAGUGCCAACGUUGUACCAAGCGCGCCGUUCGUCAGUCUCACCAUAAACUCUGUUCUGCUUGCGCCAAGGAACAAGGUGUUUGUGCAAAGUGCUGUUGCCGUGUCGAACGUAUCGUUGGAAAAGACCCUUCGGAAGUGGAAGCUGAGCAAAAAAAGCUUCAGGAGGCCAUAAAAAAUGCUCGAGAAAGAGAUAGGAGGACACUGAUACGUGCGAUGAACGCAGGCAAAGCUACUGGUUUAGUGAAAGCGGCAACCAACAAAGAUGACAAGGCUGGGGAUUUGUUCCCCUCUGCAUCACUUGAAGAAUAUGCAGAGGCAAGCAGAGAUGAUAAUGAUGAUGAUGAUGAUGAUGAUGAUGAAGAAGGUGAAGAAGAAGAAAAUGAGGACCAUGUUUGUAAUUAAUAGAGUUUUGAGGCAUCUCUUUGUACUCUCAGUCGCAAUUUUGGACAAAGAUAUUUCCAUUACUCUGGAAGUGGAAGUCAGCCCUUCAACCCCUAUGAAGAAGGUCUUGAAGAGUUUAAACGAUCAACAUCUUUCUUGUUUUCUUCUUCUUCUUUCUUUCUUAUAGCCGUUGAUUCUUCGUUUUUGUACAAGUGCUUUAUGCACAAGAACCCUCAAAUGUUGUUUGAGUUUAUGUAUUAAUUGAGUUCCAUAUGAGAAACUAAAGCGCUCUUGUUCUUCCAAGUUCUAUAGUUGAGAAAUCAAAUGCUAAUUCCACCUAA